AUGACGUUCCAAUGCCCGACAGGAAGUGUUGCCACGCCACGGGAGCGACUUGUUCGGGCCUUCCCCACAGAUCGGCCCAGCUACAGGAAUCAGCGAGAAACUGAACUUUGGGUACCCGGCCGGCUUGAUCAGGCACUGCAUGGCAUCUCUGGAGGCCACAACUGCUUUAGUUCAGUUUGUGGAAUAGGCGGAUUCAGUUUAGCUCUGAAACCAGCAUACCAGAUUGAUACACUAGCAAUGGGAAGAAUCAGCAGACGAUAA